AUGUCUGCUCCAGUCGGGCCCCGGGGCGGCCCGACCGCUCCUCCUGCGGCGGAUGCCCAGCCGGACUUGCCGGACCUAAGCCAUCUGACAGAGGAGGAAAGAAAGAUCAUCCUCUCUGUCAUGAAUCGACAGAAAAAAGAAGAUGAGAAAGAGCAGUCUAUGUUGAAGAAGUUGCACCAGCAGUUCGAGAUGUACAAGGACCAGGUGAAGAAGAUCGGGGAGGAGGCCAAAUCCACCACGGAGCUGAAGACUGACUCGCCCACCUGCGGCAUCUGCCACAAAACCAAGUUCGCCGACGGCUGCGGCCACGUCUGUUCUUAUUGCCAAACCAAGUUCUGCGCCCGCUGUGGAGGGAGAGUGUCUCUGCGCUCCAACAAGAAGGACAAAGUGGUGAUGUGGGUAUGCAACCUGUGCCGAAAACAACAAGAAAUCCUCACAAAGUCCGGAGCCUGGUUCUACAGCGGCCAGCAGCAAGGACGUGCUGAGGGGCGCCGGUUAGGACCGCAGGUCCGACUGGGUCCCGGAGGUUACGGUCCGGACUCGCUUAGGAACGGCUCGUCCAUCGACAGGAAACGAAGCCCCUCCGCAUCCAGGGACCCCAACCAGGCGUACAACCAAAGGGAGGGGGGCGAGCACCCGCAGUAUGCCCCGGUGGACGGCGGCAUGCCCCGAUCUCCGUCCGACUACGGGCGGGACCCGCGCCGCAACCCGCGGGGCUCCAGGAUGCACGACGGCGCCGGGGGCUACCGAGACAGCCGCGGCCGAUGGCACUCGCAGGACUAUCCUCUGGAUGCCGAAUUAGACGAGUACGAGCUGCAGCGGCGGCGUGAGGAGGAGUACCAGGCCCGUUACCGCAGCGACCCGAACCUUGCACGCUACCCCGUCAAGCCGCAGCCCUACGAGGAGCAGAUGCGCAUGCACGCCGAGGUGUCGCGGGCGCGGCACGAGCGUCGCCAUAGCGAUGUCUCGCUCGCCUACACCGAGCUGGACGAGCCCGGCUUCGGCCGGCAGUCCCGUAACCCGUUGGCCGGAGGACCGGGCGCGCGCUCCUACUCGAUGGACCGCACGUCACCGGGCCAACGGACGUCCAACCACAGCCCCCCCACGCCGCACCGGAGCCCCGUGCUGGGCGGCGAGGGGGGGGUCGGCGGCCGACGGGGUCUCGGCGACCCGCUCCGGAAACCCGUGCCGCAGCCGCACCACCUGGACCCCAGCUCGGCCAUGCGACGGACGAGCCGCGACGGCAAGGCGGCCGACGGCAUGCUGCGCAACGACUCGCUCAGCUCGGACCAGUCGGAGUCGGUGGCGCGGCCGUCGCCGCCGCGGGCACACCGCAGCAAGCACGUGGGCAAGAUGAGGCAGACGGGCAGCUUCAGCAGCUCCGAGGAGGAGCUGGCCACCACGCCCGAGUACACCAGCUGCGAAGACGUGGAGCUAGAAAAUAUGGAUGGCCACUGGUGGGACCAUGCGUCGUGGCAUAGCGACGCACCCCCUAUGUCUAUGCACCCGGUGACAUGGCAACCGUCCAAAGAUGGCGAGCGCCUAAUAGGGCGGAUUUUGCUAAACAAGCGGAUGAAAGAUGGCACCGUGCCCAGAGACACAGGGGCACUUCUGGGCCUGAAGGUGGUUGGAGGGAAGAUGACAGAAUCUGGUAGACUUUGUGCUUUCAUCACUAAGGUGAAGAGAGGGAGUCUAGCAGAUACUGUUGGACACCUCCGACCAGGUGAUCAGGUUCUGGAGUGGAAUGGAAGGGUCUUGCAAGGCGCCACAUUCAAGGAAGUUUACAAUAUCAUUCUCGAAUCCAAGCCGGAGCCCCAGGUGGAGCUGGUUGUCUCGCGGCCCAUCGGGGAUGUUCCUAGAAUACCAGAGAGCACACAUGGACAACUUGAAUCAAGUUCCAGUUCUUUUGAAUCCCAAAAGAUGGGCCCGGCCAUCUCCGUCACCUCCCCCAUGAGCCCUGGGAUGCUCAGGGACGCCCCUCAGUACCUAUCAGGACAGCUCUCAAGUCCAUGCCUUAGUAGAAGAACCACGCCUUUUGUCCCUAGGGUCCAGGUGAAACUCUGGUACGACAAGGUGGGCCAUCAGCUCAUCGUCACCAUCCUAGGGGCAAAAGACCUGCCUUCAAGGGAAGACGGGCGACCCAGGAAUCCCUAUGUAAAAAUCUACUUCCUCCCCGACAGAAGUGACAAGAGCAAGAGACGGACGAAAACGGUGAAGAAGUCGCUGGAGCCCAAGUGGAGCCAGACGUUCAUGUACUCGCCCGUGCACCGGCGGGAAUUCCGCGAGCGCAUGCUGGAGAUCACGCUGUGGGACCAGGCGCGGGUCCGGGAGGAGGAGAGCGAAUUCCUGGGGGAGAUUCUCAUCGAGCUGGAGACGGCUCUGCUGGACGACCAGCCCCACUGGUACAAGCUGCAGACGCACGACCUGUCCUCCAUGCCCCUGCCCAACCCGUCCCCCUACAUGCAGAGGAGGCUCCUUCAGGGGGAGAGCCCCACGCGACGGCUACAGAGAUCCCAGCGAAUCAGCGACAGUGAGUUCUCUGAUUACGACUGUGAAGACGGAAUUGGUGUAAUCUCAGAUUACAGACAUAAUGGCAGGGACUUCCAGAGUUCCACGCUAUCGGUCCCUGAGCAGGUCAUGUCCAAUCACUGCUCGCGGUCGGACAUGAUCCGCACACGUUCACGGUCCCCCAGUGUCCCUCCACCCCAAAGUCGGAGUUUGGACCAUGGCGUCAGAGGGGGGCCUUCGCUCUACGGUACUGGCAGGAUGGACCGGCAUCGCUUGUCAGAAGACCGGUACUCGCCCGACAGGUAUAGCCGGGGCAUGGUGGACAGGCAUGAUUAUCACAGGUCCCGCUCCGCCGACCAGCGGCCCAUGAUGGAGAGGCCCGUCUACACUCGCUCCCGGUCCUCGGAGCGACCCGACUCCGGCUACAUGAGGUCCAUGCCGUCCUUGCCUUCCGGAAGAUCUGCCCCUCCCUCUCCCGCCCUAUCGAGGGCGAACCCACAUGCUGGAUCGGGCCAAACCAGCCCCUCAGGGACCCCGAUGUCCAGUCGGAGAGGUCGGCAGCUACCACAGGUGCCGCCAAAGGGGUCUUUAGACAGAACAGAAGCAGCGGCUGAGAAUGGGGAUGCAGGCGGCUUGAAGGAUCCACAGUCCAAGCGUGGCUUAGACACCCUGUCCAUGAAGUCCUCGGACAGCGAUGUAAGCGACGUGUCCGCUAUGUCGAGCGCGUCUCGGCUUAGCAGCACGAGCUACAUGUCUGUCCAGUCUGAGCGGGCACGGGGGAACCGCAGGAUCAGGCAAGCGGGCACCGGCAGCGCCAUGACCAAGAGCUCCAGCGUGGGCGGCGAGAUGUGCUCGCUCGGCCGCAACGACGAGGACGAGGACGACAAGAAGCGGCGCUCCAGCUUCGGCGCCCGCAUGGCCGCCAUGGUGGGCCUGGGCAAGAAGAGCCAGAGCACGUCGCAGCUGGACCCCGAGGAGGAGGAAAAGAAAAAGAAAGCGAUCCGUUUGCCCAUCCAGAGGAGUGUGGAGACGGGACUGGCCAUCGAGUUCAAGAGCCGGAUGACGAGGCAGCCCAGCCGGGAGUCCCAGGAGGACGCCGAUAAGGCCAAACCCGGAAACCUCAUCUUCCCUGGUGUCAAGAUCUCAUCUGAUAGCCAGUUUACAGAAUUCCUGGAUGGACUAGGCCCUGCCCAGCUCGCCGGGAGGCAGACUCUGGCCACACCCCCAAUGGGUGAUAUCCAGAUCGGCAUGGUGCACAGGAAGGAGAGGCUGGACGUAGAGGUCAUCCGAGCCAGAGGCCUCGUGGGCAAACCAGGCAACAAGCAAACUCCUGCUCCUUAUGUUAAAGUCUAUCUGCUGGACAAUGGGAAAUGUAUCAACAAGAAGAAGACCCGACUGGCCAGGAAAACUCUGGACCCACUGUACCAACAGCAACUUCAGUUUGAAGAAAGCCCCGAAGGGAAGGUUUUACAGAUUAUCGUAUGGGGAGACUACGGACGCAUGGACCACAAAUCCUUCAUGGGCGCUGCCCAGAUCCUUCUAGAUGACUUAGAGUUGACCAACAUGGUCAUUGGCUGGUACAAACUGUUCCCACCCACCUCGCUGGUGGACCCGACCUUAGCACCUUUGACCAGUAAAGCGGCGCUAGGAGGCGCCAAGGAAACCGGUUCCAAAGUUCGGUCGUAGCGGCGUUGCGGAGCGGGACACAAAAAAAAAGGAAAAACCCCGCGCGGUUUCUAGCGUCGCCGUAGUAGCAACCAGCAAAAAGCGGAGAGGGGAGACAAGUCUCGGCGGGUCGCGCUCCCCCCCAACCCUGCUCACACUGCAUGCUUGAUGUUGUGUCUUCUGAGCCCGCGUGAGAGGAGUCUGGGAGAAGGGGGGGGGGCCUCCCCGAUGCCGAAACGGCGGGGUCUCCCGCUGACGGAGACAACAAAAAAUAGAGCGGCACCCCCUCACCGGCCAAGCGUCCCCGU